CGUCAUAUCUUAUUAGUUUCUAGCCGUCUUUACAGUCUUAUUCUGUGUGAAUAACCCUGUAUCUAUAGAUUACGAAUUAAAGGAAACGAGUAGCUGAUAUCAAAAUUGUAAAAUGUUUUGAUAAUAAGUAAAUCAAAGCCUGUCUACGGAAUUUGUUUCAAAUUUUGAUGAAGAGUGAAUUUACAUUAAAUAUCUACUAUCUAGAGAAAUAAAUUGAAUUCGUAUUCUCAAAUUGAAUCUUCUUGUUCAGCGUUUUUUUUUGUAAAGAUCAAGUGAAAAAAAACAGAAUAAUUUGACUUGGUGAGCUGCCUGUAAAUAUCCAAUUUAAUCAUGUCCAGGGAAUGUAUUAGUAUCCAUGUUGGGCAGGCUGGAUGUCAGAUGGGGUCAAACUGUUGGGAACUCUACGGAGUUGAACAUGGAGUAGGUCCUGAUGGUCUGCCUUGUCUAGCAGAUGGUAACAAUGACCUCACAUCCUUCUAUAGUACGACCGGAACUGGGAAGUAUGUUUUAAUACCUGUAAUUUUAAGGAACUGGGAAUUAUGUUCCAAUACCUGUAAUUUUAAGGAACUGGGAAUUAUGUUACAAUACCUGUAAUUUUAAAGGGACUGUAAAGGAAAAAUGAAAUG